AUGUGACACAGGCGGAAAAAUUCGGCAAACGUUUCCUUUGCGAUCCCGGUGAAAAUUGACCACACGUGUACCGUUUUUCUGCAAAGGUCCGGUUUGUUUACCUGCUGAGGCCAGGGGAAUUCACUGGAGAGUCUGCUCCGGUGAGUGUCAAUAUUAACCUGGAAAAAUAGAGUAUGAUCCGAGUCGCAAAAAAAAACUCUUAUUGAAUAUCAUUUUAGCAUACAUCGCUCCCAUUAGCAAUUGAUAAAGCAGAACAGACCCAAACUCGUUCAUUGUCAGUUUAUCCCGUUUUCAGCUUGAAAUGAAAACAUCUUUACCAAAGUAACACCUAACUUCAUUUAUAAAAUAUUAAAUUUAAUGUUUUCUCGUCGUGCCUGUAGACUGCCGUUUAUUAAAGGUGACCGGAGGCAGUUGGUGAUUUAAUUGAGUCUCUCUUGAAAAGCUGCUCUUAAUUUCCCAUUCGUUUAAUGCCGAAUUAAUGAUUCGCAUUCAAAAUAGUUAAUGGGCGUUUCCUCUUUUUCUCUGCCUAGUGGUUUUUUUUGCCAGCACAUGGCUAAAGUUUUCUAUUGGAGAGUUUUCAAACGACCUUUAGCGACAAUCUCGUAAUUAUGCCCCUGGUGGUGAAGCAGUAAAACAUGAGGCUGGAUCAGGGGUGUCAAACUCAAACACAGCAAGGGCCAUAGUCUGGAUUUAGGUCUAACCUGAGGGCCAAACAGGGUCAACAUUUCACCAAAACUGUCAACCUCAUUAAAUCAUUUGGAAAUUCAAAAAAGAUAAAAAGAUAAGUUUAAAGGCAAUCUGAGAUAGAACAUUUUAAAUUUUUUAUUCUAUUUUUAUUCAUUAGUUCAAAAUAUCAGAGCAUGAUAUUAAAAAUAGAAAAAUAAUGCUUUUAAAGAACCAGUACAUGAGCAGAAAGUUGAAAUCGGGUUUAAAAGGUCAAAGUAUGACUUAAAAUUUAAAAUUUGAAUCUUAAGUAUAAAAAUGACACAAGUCUCAAUACUGAGUUGGACAAAAUCAAAGCAUGAAAUAAAAAAUCCAAUCAUGUUUGACUUGUAAUCUUGAGAUGCAAAAUUAAAAACAUGAAAUAAAACAUCAAAUAUUUUUUCCCCACAUUCUUGACUAUUUAUCAAAUCUUCCUUACUCUUUAAUUUCCCAGAUUUUUGUGGUUUAUUAAGGACAUUUUAAAUAAUAGUGCUCAAGUUUACAUUAUUAUACUGGAGGAAAUCUGCAGACUUCAUAUUGGUGGGCUGAUAAUAAUACAAAUAUGAUAUGAUCUUGUGGGCCAGAUAUAGUUGUUCCACGGGCCAGAUUUGGUCCCCGGGCCUUGAGUUUGACACCUGUGGACUAGAUAAUAAAGCUACAUGUCCUCACCUUUUGUAUCUAUCCUGCAGAGUUUGAGGAUGUCACAAAAGAUGUCUCUUGAGGGGGAGCAGCCCCAAUCUUCCUCAGUGCCCCAAUCCCAGGAUGCCACACAAUCAACUCUAUCCCCAUCCCAAGUUAAAACCCAGUCUCAGACUGGUUCUAGCUCUUCGAGUGGCCCUACCUCAGCCAGCCAAUCAUCGAGUGGAUCGGGAACACUUAGCAGUGUGGACACCAUCCCUGUUACUCUUGCAUCCGUCCCUGAGGAGCCAGAAGUACAACCCUGGGGCCGCCUGCUGCCAAUGGCCCGAGGCUUCUGGAGCCAUGGUGAGUCUAAUGUUUAUACCCUUAUGCUGAAACAACAUAGACACAAGCACUAGAUCUAAGAGUACAGUUAUUUGUACUGCCAUUGAAAAUUUUCAUUGUGUUCUUUUUAAUGUUCAUUUGAAAUAUGAUGCCUGCAACACUUUUCAGAAAAGUUGGUGUUGGGUCUAAAACCUGCAACAUUUGACUGAAAACAUAUAAAGAAGAGAAAGACAAUGGUUUCUUACUCGAAGAGAAUGGACAGAGAUAGUUUCAGUUGCAAUCUCAAAACCAUUCUGAAAGGUAUUUCCGCCCAGUCUCUUUAUUUAGGGUUGUCCCUGGUUACACAAUGUUACUAAAGGAUGGGGGAAAAAUAUGUGCAGCGACGUAAGCACUCUCAUAAAACAUAACUAUGAACAACAGAAAAUAUGUGAGGGCCAAGGCAACAUUGUUGACAUUAAAUGAGCUCCUUCUGAUAGGAGCGGAUCCUCCUUAUUACUUCCCACGAUUCACAGUGGAGGAUACAUCACACACACACACACACCUGCUAAUAGGAGAAACAAGGUCACAGAGAAGUUAAGAAACAUUCAUGUGCUGUGUAAUAAAGCUAUUGGAGAGAGACGUUAGAAAACACUCUUAUAUGAUGUGUAACAAGAGGUCAAAACAGUUCAUACUUGUAGUAAACUCUUACAUAAGAAUGUGAGUAAAAAAUGAUAACUUCUAUAUAGUACAUUUAUGCACAUUAUUCUAACAGUUGGGUAAAGGAAAACAAAACACAAAAAAAGUUUUGUCAUUCGAAAAACCAUCUGGAGGAACAAUUCAGGUUCAUUUGCAAUAAGUUAAUAAUGUGACUUAGUAUCUACAGGGAGUUUUAGAGAGGCUAAGUCUCUCAGAUGUUAAGAUAGGAAAGGGGUUUACCAUUCUGUGAGACACUGUGUGAGAAAAUCUUUAAAAAUGUUUAGUCUUCUCAAAAUAAAAUUGCAGAGAAUUAUGAAACCUUAUAAUCUACAGUGGUUUGUUUAUUUGCAGACUGUGUGCAGGAUCAGUACCUUUUUGGACGUGACCCAAAGUGCAACUAUGUUCUGGGGGAUCCAAAUGACAUAACGUCCAAAAAGUACAGAAUCUACAGCAAAAAGCACUUCAAGAUCUACAGAGUGAGAUCAGUCUAUGUUGACUAAACUUUAAUUUCCUGAUGUGUCACCUGAUUAUUUAUAGUUAUUGGUUUUGAUAUGUGUCUAUGCAUUUUAGGAGGGCGAUGAGGUGUUUGUGGCAGACUUCAGUAACAACGGAACUUUUGUUGAUGGUAUCCUGGUCGGCAAAGACAAGAAGCUUCCUCUCGUCAACAACGCUGUGCUCGCUCUGUCUGAGCAAAGCAACAAAGGUGAGAGUGAGACAAAAAAAAUGGAGUUACACACCUCAACCUUAACAGCCAGGUCUAACUUUACUGUCUGUCUGCAGUCUUUGUCUUCAUUGAUCUGAUGUCUGACAGUCAGUCAGCUCUCCCGCAGGAGUUGCAAAGAAAAUACGUACUGACUCGGCAGGUUGGCACGUGAGUCUGAGUGUUUGUACUCCUUUGCUGUCACUUCCUGUGCCCCUGCAACAUUGUUUCUGACCUCGGAAUGUGUUUACGUUUCAGAGGGGUGUGUGGUGAAGUAAAACUAGCCUUCGAGAGAUCCACCUGCAAAAAAUUUGCAGUGAAAAUAAUAAACAAGAAGAAUUUUCAGUCUGAAGGGGUGAGUCAUCUGAUCUUCUCUCUGAUUGGCUGACAGCUGUCCACUUUCCAUCCCCUCUACCUUUCCUCACUUCCUUCUUUGAUCCCUGUGGUGGACAUAGCAGCAGUUAGAAGGUACAAAUGUGGCGACUUGAACUCUAGUUGAGUUGAUCUGAGCUGCAGUUAAGAAAGAAAAUAACCUGUCUUUUCUGGCACCAGUGCUGCACUUCAGUGUUGGUCAGUGUUGUUAUCUGUUUUCAUCCAAUGACAGACAGCAACGCGAAAUGCGGAGACAGAGAUUGAAAUUCUGCAGCGAGUGAACCAUGUGAGUGUGGCACCAAAGAAUAAGAAAUAUGUAAAAAAAAAAAAAAAAAACAUUGUCAGAAAUUUCAAAGCUCCUCACUCCUUAACCGCUAUCCCUCUUUUUCCUGCUAUCUUGUACUUCAGCCUUGCCUCACAAAGACAGAAGACUUCUAUCAGACAGAGGACAGCUACUACAUUGUCUUGGAGCUGUAAGUAAACCCAUUUCACUCAGUACUUUUAUGUGUUGAUAAUUAAUUUUAUUUAUUUCCUUUAGUCUGACUGAAACUGGCCUUUUAAAAAACAUGUUAACACAUCAGUCUGACUGAAAAUGCAAUAAAUGGAACUUCUUGUAGUCUGACUAUCACACCUAGAUAAUGCAGUUGGGGACUGGAUGGAGAAGCAUUAAAUCGGUGCUACAUGUAACUGGAUGGUAUGACAGUAUGAGAAGGAAAGAACGGGAAUAAAAAGAAGCUCUACCAAAUAUUGCAGCUGGUUGCAGGACAUGAACCUCAUUAACCUUGCCCACUUGGUGGUCAGGUUUUUUCAGCUUUUGCCCCAGUGCUAAAAUGCUCUACUACUCAUAUAUAAACAAGCACAAAAGAUAGAUGGAUGCACAGUGUGGUUUGGGUGUAUUUGAUCUAGAGAAUGAGAUGUACCAUCAUCCCAAGUUAGGCUAUGUUGAAUACAGUGUACUCCGAGUGACUGGUUUCAGUGUUUUCUUACCUUUACACUCAUCAGUCAGAACUGAGAAAUUACUCGCUUCAGCAAUUAAUGAUCCACUUCUCUGUCUGUCUGUCUGUCUGUCUGUCUGUCAGCAUGGAAGGAGGAGAACUUUUCCACAAAGUGAAGUCCCAGGGGCAGCUGAAGGAGUCAAUCGCCAAACUUUACUUUUACCAGAUGCUGAGAGCCGUCCAGGUAAGACAGAGAUACGACUGUACACCAGCACACAGUUGAUCUGCUGGGCCCGGUUUUUCAAAGGGUUUAAUACGGAUAAAAUUGAUCCGGAUUUGGUAAUCCUAUAUGCUAUCCAUGAUCACGUAAUCCAUCUUACUUUUGUGCCAGUUUUUCAAAGCAACAUCAGAUAUAAAUUUUUCAGGAUCUACCAAAUCUGGAUAACCAGAGUUCGAAUGGGAUAGGAUCAUCCAAUCUGUUAUCCAAAAUCUGAGUGGAUUACUUCUGGAAAACCGAGCCCUGGAUGUAAGCUUUUGUGUUUGUGUUUGUACAGUACCUCCACACCAAUGGAAUAAUCCACCGAGACCUGAAGCCAGAGAACAUCCUGCUGUCCUCACACAAUGAUAUCUGUCUCAUAAAGGUUUAAACAUACUUUCAUUAUCGUCAUCAUUGUCUUUUUUAAACUGUUGUUCUGGAUCUCAACCAGUGCAUGUCUCCCAGGUUACGGACUUCAACCAGUCUAGGAUCUUGGAGGAGGCCAUGUUAAUGAGAACUUUGUGUGGGACACCAUCUUACCUUGCUCCUGAGGUUUUCACGAGAGCUUCCACCACAGGUUAUGGUCUCGCUGUGGACGCAUGGAGCCUCGGGGUCCUGCUCUUUGUCUGGUAGGCUCUCGGGUCUUACAGCUGUCUAAUGUGCCUAAUGUUUGUACCAGUGAUCACCUGUAUCCUCCUGUCUGUCUUUGUACCGGCCUGAAUCUCUCUCAUCCCCAUCCCCAUCACCACCAUUUUUCAUCUCUACCUGCUUGUCUGUCUCUCUUUCUGUGUGCCUGUCUUAGUCUGGGAGGUUAUCCUCCAUUCCAUGAGAGCUUCAGCCCAAAAACAAUAACAGAGCAGAUCAUUGGUGGAGAGUUCACCAUGGUCCCGUCCAAGUGGAAACAGAUCUCCGACCAAGGUACUGCUGCAGGGCUACUGCACACUACAAUAGCAACCGUUAAAUUCAGGGCUGUGAUCAACCAAAGAAAAACAUGGUUGACUGAAAAUGCACGCGUGUGUGUGUGUGUGUGUGUGUGUGUGUGUGUGUGUGUGUGCGCGCGCGCGCUCACAGCAAAGGAUGUGGUGAAGAAGCUGCUGGUUGUUGAUCCCACCAAGAGGAUGACGAUCGAGGAGGCUCUGCAGCACCCUUGGUUACAGGUGAGUACACCUUGCACACACACCUCUUUGCUACACUUCUUCACUCUGAUCCUGGAUAGAAAAGUAAAUCGCCAAAUCCAGAUUUUCACUACCAGGAUGAAACAUAUGAAGGAGGAAAACUAAAGGUUUUAGUCUUGGUAAAACAUUACACCGGGAUUACUGCAGUGUCUUUUUGAUGUCCUCCUCAGCCUCCUGAGAUCUCCCCUUAUCCAACAGAUAAAGCUCCACACUUUGAGGGUCAGGUUAAAGACUGAGUCAGAGCCUUAGAGGAGUGCAUGUCUGUACAAAGUCUUAGUGAUCUCAUCAGGUUGGUUGUACUGUCUGUCCAGCUUCUGAUAUUACACUGAUGUUACAUAGUGGAAGCGAGGGAAGCUCUGAUGAAAGACAAGGGUAAAGGUAGGCUCAGACUGACUGUUUGUGUUUAGGAUGGCGAGAUGCUGGAGAUGGCUCACAGACUCAUGUACCCCACUGAUGAGCCCUCUGCAGGUGAUGCACCUGUUGAUGAAGCCGAUAAAAUUGCUGCUGCCGCUGCUGCUGUUGCUGCUCCCGCGGUAAUUACAAUCCCUAUUUUUCUUACCACCUACCUGUACUUUUUCCUGAAGCCCCAGAGUUUUAGAACCCUGAUUCUUCCCCCUCUACAGGAGGCAGGGCCAGCAUCGGGAGGUCAGAGGCGCAAACGAGGCAGAGAUGAAGGAGAUGAGGAGGAGAGUGAACACCCAGCUAAACGAAGCCAAGCUCCACCUCCUGCACCGCUGUAAAGGACCAAUAACAUCCAGCCAUUCAAGCUUGCUGUUGCAAAGUUGGGUUUUGCUGUCAGCCAGUUAAAAAAAAAAGUGAAUCAGAACCAUCUUGUAAUGUAAAGAGUGCACUGUCUUUUCAUUCUUCUGUUAAAAACCAUACUUUUAUUUCCUUGUGAGGUUAAAUAUUUUAUAUAAAAAGGUUAAAGGUUUAAUAUUAACCAUGUUUGAUCCAAUCCAUUUUUCUGGCAGCAUCUGCGGUGUCCACUACUGAAAGCUUGUAAAUAAGGUUUCUAUUAAAGUUUUCUAUUUUUCA